GUACGGUUUAGAAAAUAUGUUACCUUAGUAUUGUGAAGAUGUGGUCAUCUGAUAUACAAAGUUAAUUUUCUGCAGUUUGAUUUGAUUGUUUUCGAUAAGUUUUAUGGUUUCUGUCCAUGAUUAUUUCUUAGUCAAAUUUGUUGUUAUCUCAUAGGAACGCAAGGCAAUUGAACAUAGUCCAGAUUCAUUGCCAACAAAAGUUCUUCAAAAAUGUGUGAACCUUCAGUUCUUUCUCAUGGACCUCCAAUUUUGCCUCCAACACCUGCAGGGCUAGAAUCGCUGUAUUGUUUGUGCAGAAAAAUAUAUCCCGAUCAAGCAAAUCCAUUGCAAGUUACAGCUUUAUUAAAAUACUGGUUGGGUGGUCCUGAUCCCUUGGAUUACAUUUCAAUGUAUGCCAAUCCAGGAGAUCCAAAUGAAAAUAUUCCUCCUCACUGGCAUUAUAUUAGUUUUGGUUUAUCAGAUCUUCAUGGAGAUGGUAGAGUUCAUGAUGUCUCUGGUCCCAAUGGUCUCUCUGGUUUUGGAUUUGAACUUUCAUUUAGGCUUAAGCGUGAAGCAAACGAAGCGUCUCCUCCAACAUGGCCCGCAACACUAAUGCAGUCACUUGCAAAAUAUGUAUUUCAGUCAGGAAAUAUCUUAUGUUCUGGUGACCAUGUUUCCUGGCAUUGUGCCUUAGACAAUAGUGAAUCUAGAAUCCAACACAUGCUUAUGACUACAGAUGUGCAAUUAAAUACAGCUCACACUCCAUUUGGUAGUGUGGAUUUUGUUCAGAUUGUUGGUAUAUGUGCGGAUGAACUUAAAGCAGCUCAGCAGUGGAAUGGUGCCGGCGUUCUUGACAUCUUAAGAAGAAUACCAGAAGCUGGUGGUUCUUGGCAUAUUACCGAUAUGAGAAGGGGUGAAAGUAUUUUUGAAUUAGAUUUAAAUGCUCAAGAGGAAGUUGAAAGAGGUUUUGAAUUAGAAGGCUCAAAUUUAAGCGGUGUCUCGGCGAGAUGUUCUUGGUCAGAUCUGGACUCUUCACCCCUGGAUAUGAAGCACUUAAAAGACAAGGACUGUGAUAAAGCUACUGAUAAAUUAAAGUCCAGCUUGCAGCAGAGUAUCUCUGGGAGUUGUGGUGGUCUUGAGCCUAUGGAAUAUUUGAAAAAGUUGGACGGGAUACAUUUGGCAUUCAAUUUGGAAGCAGGCAGUUUACUACCAUUAGCAAUAAGGGGUCGUGUGAAGCAUGGUAGACAUUUCACAUUUAAGUCCGUCUUGGGAGAAACGGCGAUAACACUGGUUGCAAAUUCGGUCACAGGGACCCUAGUGACUGGCGAUCAUCCAUUUGUCGCUCAGGGUUCGUGGCUCCAAGUUUUGAUUCCAGACGACUUAGCUCAAGAUAUGGCAAUUACCUUUCAAGCUUUGGCUAGUCCUGAAUCUUUGAGCCUUCCGAAAACGUUCUCCUGGCCCGAUCGACAUUUGUCUAUUACAAUAGUAGCUGACAAAUUAUAGCUAGGAUUAAGGCUGCUCUUGCAUAUUUGUUCUACUUGGGCAACAUUUAUUUUUUUAAAUAUUUAAAUUAUUUGUAUUUAUUUAAUAGAUUUUAGGGACUUUUGAUAUAUUAUUUAUGUUAGAACUAGUAAGCAACCAGGGUGACUAAACACAGGUCAUUUUUAACUGAAAAUAAAUUUAUAUUUACAAUA